AGUGAGUAUCUGGGGAUGUAGAUUAUUAUUCGGUGAGCCAGCAAAUGCCGAUAGGAGGAAGGGACAGACCACUCCAACCGAGGAGACGAAAGUGACACUCCGUGGUAGAUCACACCGCAGAAGAUAAACCCACGCAGAAAGGACUCGCGGCAAGUCCCGUCGAUAUGUACUUCCCGAGCUUCCUUCUCUUCUACGACUGGCUGUUUCUAAUCAUCGCUUUUGGGGUUACGCUGUACCUCCGAGCCACCCGCUACCGCAACUAUUGGAGAGACCAGAAUGUUGUGCACGAGAAAUUUUCCCUCUUUUUUGGACCGCAAAUGAAGCAACUGUUCAAGCCGUUCUACAUCGUUGACCGAGAACUAUACAAGAAGCACGGACGUCUCUUCGGGUCCUUCGAAGAUGGGAAGCCUGUGCUCUUCGUGGCUGAACCGGACCUUCUCAAGUUGAUUCUAGUUAGGGACGCUGCACUGACCCACAAGAAGGUUGCGCAGUUUGAUGACCCCAUCUUGGGGAAUCUGAUGGUCAAUGUUGAUCCGAAGCAAUGGAGAAAACUUCGCUCAGCGACGUCACCAGCAUUUACGACCGGAAAACUACGAAAAAUGCAAGCGAUUAUCGAUGGAUGUGCCGCUUUGACAUCAGAGCGUCUGAAACGAGCCGCGGCGGCGUCUGAAGACGUCGACUUGAAAGGGUUCUAUGGCCUCUACACGCUGGACGCAGUCGCAAGUUGCUCCUUCGGGGCAAAGUUGUCGGAGGGCUCUACAGAGAAAAACUCUUUCAUUACAUCCGCAAAGAACGCCUUCUUUGCCGAAGUAACGCCCUUGGUUGUACUCAAAGCAUUUCUUCAGAAACUCAGCAGAACUUUCCACGAGAACCUGUUCAAUGAAAAGGCAUUCGAAUUCUACAAGAACGCUACAAUAAAUAUCAUCCAGAAGCGCGAAGAAGGCAAAAUCCGACAUGAAGACUUUCUGCAAAUGAUGAUGAAUGCCAAGGAGGUUUCAAAAGAAAAUGCGGCAUCUGGAGAAGAGAUUCCUGAGACUGAAAGUUCUCCAGUGAAGCCGCAAGACGUUAAAAAUCUGACCGAAGAAGAGGCGUUGGCGCAGUGCGUCUUCUUUUUCCUUGCGGGCCAAGACACUGCCUCGACCACCGCGUCCUUCGCCACUUACCAGCUGGCCAUCAAUCCGCACAUACAGGAGAGACUGCGAGCCGAAGUCGAUGAGUGCUUCCGGAAACACGGGAGUUCGCCAUCGUAUGACGAAGUUUCCAAACUUUCGUACUUGGACGGCAUUGUGCAGGAAACGCUGCGAGUGAUGACACCAACGCCGAGGAUCGAGAGGUCAGUUGCGGAGGAUUACAUUCUCGGAGACACUGGCAUAAAGGUUCCCCGGGGCUGCAACAUUUUAGUACCAAUCCAGCAAAUGCACAACGACCCUGAAUUCUUCCCAGACCCCGAUGUUUUCAACCCUGAAAGGUUCAACGAGGAAAAUAUCAAGUCUAUCCGCCCGUAUACGUACCUGCCUUUCGGUGCUGGCCCACGAAACUGCCUCGGUUCGAGGUUUGCGAUUCAGAUCGUGAAGACUUGCCUCCUCCACGCAGUCCACAACGUGCAGUUUGUAAAGUGUUCCAAGACCAAGGAUCCUGUCGAGUACAAGACUGGCUUCGGCAUUCUGCAGCCCAAGGACCUCAUCGUGGGCGUCAGAAAGAGGAGCAGCUAGUCACGCUCUUGCUUGGUGGCUCAGAAAGUUGACACGCCUUGGGCUAAAUUUACAGAAAUGUUUCAAUGUUCUUUUUAAAAUGUAACAUCUAAUUAACUAAACGUGGACAGGCGAGGUUUGUCUAUUGCUAUACACAAAUACCGAACUAAGCUAUCAUUUUGGCGAUUGUAUUUCUUCUAUUUUUUUACUUUGCUGUAUAAAAACAUAUAAUAUUCAGUUCAGUGUGGCGUCCACAGUUCUCUUCUUCUUCAGAAAAAGUAGCUACCGAUUUAUUAUUGCUAGUUCUAUUUGCUCAUGGUGUUUUCUUAGCAGUUGAUGAGGGAGCAGUUUUCCACUGCUUUCUUCCUCGCUGUGUCUAGUCGCUAAAGCAACGCCUGCGAGUAUCUGAACACCAGCAGCUCGACCAAUGUUACAGUCACAAUAAACAAUUUAGUGUAUGCGCCUGUUCCUUAGGGUCUGUCCAAUAGGGGUGGUCCUGCCUGUAGGUGUAUUACUGUUGGCGCAGCACCUAGGGGCGGCACGCAAGCCCUUCCAUCGCAUCAAGGCAGGAAUAUGGCCAGAUAUAGUUGAAGACAAGAGAAAAUGGAGCCGCCAGUGUUCGAGAUGGUUAGAUGGGAUUCUUCAGGCCACUGGGAAAUGUCUCAGUGAGCUUAAAGAUCCUGUCUUAAGCAGAUGGCACUAGCUGUUAUAAAUUCAUGGUAUAAUCAGGAAUCGACGAUUCGGCGGUACACAACAACAAUAGUUCUAUUGAAUAAGAGUCGUUAUUACUGGUAACUGCACGCUGCGCUCACGCUUUCAUUUCAUACGAAGGCAGUGUGCUGUGGACUGUCACAUACACUUUGUUCGUGCUUAAAUAGAAGCGCUUGAGCGUAAUGCAGUUUUAACAGCGGAGCUGUUUAAGGUCGACGUUGAUCCCUACGGAACGAUGGUGUUCGCAGUUUCGAGCGAAGGAGAGCGACAGAAAUAAAUAAAUAAAUAAAACAAGAUAAGCUUUCUUGGCGAGGCGGGAUUCGAGCCUGGAUACCCAGGGUCCGAAGGCGAGCGUCAUAACCACUAGGUUAUACACCCACGCUUGCAGAACAUACACGUAUGGGAACCAUACGAUUGCGUUGUACCGACUAUU